AUGCUUUCGCGAAACGAACCUGAAACCAGAUACUUCGCCAAACAGGAGCCUGACCCUCCGAACCAGAUAUUGAAGUUGUUCUGCGAGAGCUUCAUAGUCCUUCGAAAAAGGGACUUACCGUCUCAGUCUACCGUGUGUCACAACCUUUCCUGCUUCAUCGCCGAGUGGGAGAGAGAAACACAGAGAGAACUUCCGGAUCAUGUUACUGAUGACGUGUAUAAUCACAUCAAGGUCGUGCUUACCCCGAAGUAUGGUCUACAAACGAAGCAUCGAGAAAAAUUCCCUGUUACAAGGAAGGACUUAGACAUCCUUCUUAGACACCUUUUUGAAAAGGACGACCAUGACUACAUCCACGAACGGGCUAGGUUUCAAGACGCGUUUGCCCUUUGUCUGUUUUCGAAUUCGGGGUCAAGAGCAGGCGCUGUUGUCGAAUCGAGCUCCUACCGCGGGACAAAUGAGUGCCUCUACUACAGGCAUCUUACGUUUAACAUGAAAUGGGACUCGGAUAUGAACAUCAAAUACUGGGUUUCUAUUGACCCAAAGUUUUUGAAAGGCCAUCGUUACGACGACGAAGCGAACAUCCCAAAGAAUUGGAUCCCAGAGCAGGAGAUACUUGGCAGAAAUUUCGCUUUCUAUGCCAUAGUUUCCGGAAUUGCCGAUGGGGCAUUUAAGGGGAUCGACACUGUUGACGAAUUGCUGGCUAAAACACCUCCAAAAGGGCGGGAGUCCUGGACGCUUCUGUGGAGGCAGGAAGCGCUGGACCUCCCAAUUUUCCGUAUGGUGCGCUCUGACGGGCCACAUGAUACCUCCGCAUUAACAUUUUCUUCAAUACGGCAUCACUUCACAUCACUUGCUCAGCGAGCAUGUUUCCAGGACGUGCUGCGCAUCCAUGGGAUCAGGGGUGGAGUUGCAAACACGAUCGACCCCAAAGCAUCCGAAGCAACACGCAGUCAAGCACUCGACCAUCAGAAUCCAGAUACCUUCCUGAAAUAUCAGUCGAGGUUCAAACGAGUGGAUAUACAAUCUUGUUUCUGGAAUAUAGAGCCGGAUUACGAUUGCCUAGACAUGGAAGAGAGUAUGUCUCAUCACCGGGAUCCUAAUGUACCCCAAAAACUUGAUGCUGCUGCCGUUGCCGAAACCGAGAAUACCGUUGAAAUGAAAGCCAUCUACCAGCAAAUCAGUGAACUCACUCAACGAAUAUCAUCAAAGCCGCAUCAAAACCAAGAUCUCGUGAGUGAAAGAGCAAAAUUAUACACCAGAGCCGCCAAGAUGCGCCGUCACAAAAAGGCGGAAUUCAUCAAGAACUGGUGGAAAUCAUGCUACGAUGAAUACAUUACUGGGGGCGAGUUUGAGGAAAGGGACCCCACAUGCUUGUUGGACAUUUACUGCAAAUAUAUGCCCGAAAGAGAGCGCUUGCGGGAGAAGCUUUUCACCAGAACCUCGCUACACAGCGAAACAGGGAAGCAAUGUUUACGUGAUUUGGUGACCAUUUGUACCUCGAAGGACGACAAGGUUGCUUACUACCCGGGCGAGGAGCCAAUUGAUGGGAAGUGCGCAGUGUGCUCGAUGGAGAUGGCUAGCUUUCACAAACAGGAGCGUUCCAAACAUAUUUUACAGUGUCGGAGGAAGUCGAUGAAUGCGGCACCCUACCAGCAGCUGUACAAGAACGGAAAGCGAGCCCAUCGACGAGCGCAGCGGAACUUCCUCGAAUGGUGCUACAUCUGCUGCGAGUGGUUUCACACAGAGGACGAUUGGCAAACGCACUGUUACUUUCACCUAGAGCAUCUACAGCCGCGAUGCGGUCUUUUGACAUUCCGCCAUACAUUGGUAUACCCAGGGCUCUGCCCCUAUUGUUUGGGUGACUCUGAGAAACAGCCCCAGGAGCGAUUCAAGCAGUGGCGGGUUAAGUCUACGCUAAUCAACCAUAUUAACGAGAAACAUCUCAGUGGGAAGAAAGAUGAUGAGCCUCUUCAAUGCCCCCAUCCUUGCUGUGAAAAGAGAUCAUAUUCCGGAACGCUGGGUUUGCGGCGUCAUUUCUUCAAUGCGCACUCUAUUGAAGAACCUCGGAGGAACUGUGUCUCUCAGAAGAGAAAAUGGAUUGCAGACCUUGAUGUCAAGGGAGAGCCCCCCAAAAGGGUUUGUUAA